AUAUUCUCUAUUUUGUGGUUACUGAAUUAUUAGUACAUGCUGCGAAAAUGAUGAUAAACACCCAAGAACCACAAAUAAAUCGUAGUGCACCAAAAGGAUAGACAGAACAUUAGAGAGAGUGUGCAAGUGAGUUCUUACUCUAAUUAAUAUAUAGCAGAGGAGGUUUCAUCAAUACGAUUAGGAAGCUGCUAGCUGUUUUGAAGAUUCAUGGAGACACCAAAAAUAAUAAAGCUAGCAGGUAGUUCAUUGUUUGUUCCUAGUGUUCAAGAAUUGGUAGCCAAACAAUCGCUUGUACAAGUCCCGCCUCGAUACAUACGCAAUGACCAGGAACCUUUAGGUGAUCAUAAUGUCACGGUUACGUCUAUGAUAGAUCAAUCAGUACCUGUUAUCGAUUUGCAUAAAGUACUGUCACCAGAACCCAUCGGUGGAGAGUUAUUGGAGAGGCUUCACUCUGCUUCAAAGAAUGGGGUUUCUUUCAGGUGGUGAACCAUGAAGUUGUAGGAAUAAAAUAUCGCACAUAUCAAUAAGUAUGCGAAGUAAGGAUUAUCUGAUGUAAGGAGGACAAUCGCACACGGCAAAGUUGAAGUGACGUAUUGGAUGAUGUCAACAAAGUCAGGAGUAAAGUGUGAAGAUCUAUGCGAAGUAUAAGUUGUACGAGAAUGAGUGAGUGUACAUGAGCGAAUGUAACGCAUAGUGAUUUCGAAAAUAAUGGGUCUCUUAGCUGUCAAAGGACAAAAGUCAUCACAUAGAAGAGAGAUCUUUAGUGUGAGUUAGACAAGAAACUAGGAGAGAGAAAGUUUAUUUGGAGAGCAAGUAAAGUCAUUGUAAUCCUCUGUAUCCAA